AUGUUCAAAUUGUUCGUCUUCGCCGCUAUCUUGGCUUUGGCUGCUGCUGCUCCACAACCUGAACCAGCUCCAAAAGCUCAACCCAAACCUUGGUUAUACUCUGCUCCAGUCGCUUACGCAGGAGUUCCAGCUUACUCUGCCUACUCUUAUGGCGCUCCAUUAGCAUACUCCGCUCCAGUAGCAUACUCUUCUCCAGUAGUAGGAUACAGCGGAUGGGGUGGAUGGGGUCCCGUAGUAUACUAA